AUGACUUACCGGGUUUUGUCACCGGAACUCGCAGCCACAACAGGCGGUCCUUUGAAUUCUAGCAAUUUCACUGGUGAUUCGUCGCAUGAGGCGUACGGGGAUCAGGGCGUGCGGCGGUCAAGGGCCGUUCGUACUCAUCUUGGACACGGCGAACAUGUGCAACAGAGGUCUAGCCCCGGAGUGAACAGUCGGGCUUGGCAAUCCACUGGGGGCCCCUUUCAUACGCCAGAGCCUCAAAAUGGGGCUGGGUCUCGAAUGAACGAGAGUUCUUCGAAAGCCCCGUUCCGCCUUCAAAGAUCGGACGAGGCUUCGACUGCAACGGCUCUGGAUCAUAGACACGAUGAUAGCGAUGCAAUGCAAAUGACCAUGCAGAUGGAGAUUUCGUCUUCUGCCCAAAUCUCGACAUAUCCUCAGGCAUCAGACGCUUAUUCAGGCCAUGAACGUACAGCUUUCGCGUCAGACCAAGCUAUCCAUGAGUUUCCCGACGCCUCGGAGCCUUCGCCAACCCUGUUUAAGCAGCCUGUGACCAGCCCCAUUAGCGAAGAGCAGUUGAUCAAUGAAGUCCGCGGCAUCUAUGCAGGAUUGGUGAUGGUCGAAAAAAAAUGUAUUGAGCUGGAUAAACAGCAGAUUGAGUCUAGGGCUGAGCUAUCAGAGUCUCAGUGGCAGGCCUUGAUCUCUCUCCAUCGAACGUUGCUCUAUGAGCACCACGAUUUCUUUCUGGCGUCGCAGCAUCCUUCGGCAAGUCCUGUGCUGAAGAGACUUGCUGAGAAAUACGCAAUGCCUGCACGUAUGUGGCGAUACGGGAUUCACUCCUUCCUUGAGUUACUCCGACAAAAUCUACCUGCGUCUCUGGAUUAUAUGCUCAAUUUUAUCCAUGUGGCUUAUUCUAUGAUGGCACUACUGUAUGAAAGUGUUCGUGCAUUCCAAGAGACAUGGAUCGAAUGUCUAGGUGAUCUGGCCCGAUAUAGGAUGGCAGUUGAGGAAUCUGAUAUGAGAGAUAGGGAGAUAUGGGCAGGUGUUUCCCGAUAUUGGUAUAAGCGAGAUGCUGAUCGAAGUCCGGAUAUUGGCAGAAUCCAACAUCACCUAGCGGUCUUGGCUCGCCCGGACGGUCUGUUACAGCUGUUCUACUAUACAAAAUCUCUGGUUUGUGUACGGCCCUUCCAGAAUGCUCGAGAGAGCAUCGUUCUGCUCUUCAAUCCAUAUAAAGAACAACCACUGGGCCAGAAGACUAUUACUACAGCUUUCAUUGCGACACACGGUAUCCUAUUUACACAAGAUCCGGACAAAAAAUUUGUGGACUCGGCGAAUAAUUUUCUCGCUUUGCUCCGGAAAGAUUAUCAUGGACUUGGGAGACAAGGCCAGCAAGGAGUCUACAUAACGUGUUGUAACAUCGCUUCAAUUCUGCAGUACGGAAAGCCAGAUGCGAUCAUGGAGGUGGAAUUCUCGCAAAAGCCAGGUGAUACUGCUGACGCUGCGCACAAGUUUGCAAAGGAGUGGAUUUCAACUUCGAAACCAGGGAUGAUGGAGUUGAUGCCGCCACAUAUCCCUUCACAGAUAGCUGCACAAGGGAGCGCUCUUACAUUCCAGACACUUUCUAUCUUCCUCGACCAGGUCCAAGACCCUAACAGUUAUCCGGGUAUUCAUGUUGGCCUCGCUUUUAUAUGGUGUUUAGCACUCCAUCCAACCGCGAUGCAACAGCUCGAAAAGAUGAUACCAUGGGCAAAGAUAGCGCACUUUCUCAAUAUCCUUCUAAUGAAGGAGGAGGGAGGUAUCAAUUACUCCAUCAUUGAGUGUCAAUCUUUCCCUUCAAUGGACGAAGAAGAGGAAGAAGAAGAAAAAGAAGAGAUGGUCAAAUACUUGGCGGAAGAUUUCUCAAUUCGGGGUAAUGUGUGGAGCCAACUGUAUUAUCAGCCAGAUUUCUUUCAGGACGCACCCCAAGAAGACGAAAGACCGGCGAUCGAGACUGAAAAAGCGACAUUCACCCGGAUACACAGGUGCCUGUGGCUUGGUAAUCGGAUAGCAACGGUUUGGACCCUUCCCCAACUUGAGAGCCAGCGAAGCGCUGAUUAUUCUUUAGUUUGA